AUGAAGACACCAGCUAUUACGAUGGCCAUGGCGCUUUUGGCAGCCGGUACCGACGACAUCUCGAGCUACAGUGCAGUUGGUUUUCCUACUACUAUGGAGCACUCAAAUACCAUUGCAAUCGACACGAACGACCUUGUGACGCACCACGAAACGGAUGACAGCAACCCUUCUGAUGAGGAAGCUAGCAAGAUUCUACUCGGUCCUUCCAGAAGUCGGUGGACCAAUCAAUUCAUUCAAGUCCCUUCUGACGGCACUUGGGAGCGCUCCGACAUGAAUGACGCCACCACUCCACCGACGUACGCCUCUGCAGUUCCUCCGCCUGCAGAUUACUACCUGGUGGGUGUCGAGCGCGACGCGACCUAUCGCAUUCAAGGACCUAUUUGCAGUGGGUUUGGCCCCCCAGCCUACGGGCUCUUGUCCCGCAAUGGGAGAGAAGGCUGCAUCCCAUUGUGA